CAGCAGCAGCAGCAGUAGCGUCGUUGCUUUAAUAUAACGUUACUCAAGCGUCGCGCUGCCGCAGCUUCCUUCUGCACAGGUCAUCGUCAGACACGUGUCGGCUGCUCGUGAGAGGCAUGAAGAUGAGGAAACGACCCAACAUCUUGUUAACAGGAACCCCUGGUGUAGGAAAAACCACUCUGGGGAAGGAGCUCGCCCAGCGGACAGGGCUAACCUAUGUUAACAUUGGAGACCUGGCCCAGGAAGGACAACUUUAUGAUGGCUAUGAUGACGAGUACCAGUGCCCGAUUUUAGAUGAGGACCGGGUGGUGGAUGAGCUGGAUGAAAAGAUGGAAGAAGGAGGAAUGAUCGUGGACUACCACGGCUGUGACCUGUUUCCUGAACGCUGGUUUCACAUCGUCUUUGUGUUGCGCACAGAUAAUACUCAGCUGUACACACGGCUAGAGAGCAGAGGAUACACCGGGAAGAAACUGCAGGACAAUGUGCAGUGCGAGAUCUUCCAGACCAUUUACGAGGAGGCCAUGGAGGCGUACAGCAAGGAAAUCGUCCACCAGCUGCCCAGCAACACUCCUGAAGAGCUGGACAGCAACCUGGAGCAGAUAGUGCAGUGGACUGAGCAGUGGAUGAAGGACCAUAACUAGCAGCUGCUGUCAACAAGUCAUGUUAUUUGGACACUUAAGCAUCAUGGACUCUGGUGGUUUCUACUUAGACCCUGACCUGAAUUUUGCAAGGACUCUCUGUCAAAUAGUUAUUCUUAAAACAUGAGGAAGUGUUUUAAACAAAAGCAACAUUAACGAUCUGUCACAUCCAUCAGUCAAGAAGUGUGAGCUGGUGUCAAAUUACAGUACUCACCUACUGCUGCAUUCAAGUCAUAUUUUUUUUUUAUAUAAAUAAACGACCGAACGGGGAAAAAAGCA